UCUUCUUCACCAACCCAACAACCUCAUCAUUCUUACUUCCCUUGUUUUUUUCUUUCAUUUAAUAUUAAAAAAAAAUCAAAACUUUUCAACUAUAAAUACAGCCAUCACACAAACCCAUAUCGUUCGUUCAUCUGUUCGUUAGAUCCAACGACCCAUCCCAUCCGCCUAAUCCUCUUUUGAUUAAGAAGAAAUGGCACGCAAGAAGAUCAGAGAGUAUGAUUCCAAGAGAUUGUUGAAGGAACACUUUAAGAGACUAUCUGGCAAAGACUUACCUAUCAAGUCUGCACAAGUUACGGAGUCCACUGAUAUCACUCAGCUGCAAGACAAUGAACCCUGGCUUUCUUCUUCUAAAUUGGUUGUGAAGCCUGACAUGUUAUUUGGGAAGCGUGGUAAAAGUGGUUUGGUUGCCUUGAAUUUGGAUUUGGCACAAGUUGCUUCAUUUGUGAAAGAGCGUCUCGGUAAAGAGGUUGAAAUGGGUGGAUGCAAGGGACCGAUAACAACUUUCAUUGUUGAACCUUUCAUCCCACAUAAUGAAGAGUUUUACCUUAACAUUGUCUCUGACAGACUCGGGAACAGCGUAAGCUUUUCAGAAUGUGGAGGAAUCGAUAUUGAAGAGAAUUGGGAUAAGGUUAAGACUGUAUUUGUUCCAACGGGAGUGUCUGUUACAUCAGAAAUUGUUGCUCCACUUGUUGCAACCCUUCCCUUGGAGAUCAAAGGGGAAAUCGAGGAAUUUCUCAAGGUGGUUUUCACUUUGUUUCAAGACCUGGAUUUCACUUUCUUAGAGAUGAAUCCUUUCACAUUGGUUGAUGGAAAGCCUUAUCCUUUGGAUAUGAGAGGCGAACUUGAUGACACUGCUGCUUUCAAGAACUUCAAGAAGUGGGGGAACAUUGAGUUUCCACUACCAUUUGGAAGGGUUAUGAGUGCCACCGAGUCUUUCAUUCAUGGAUUAGAUGAAAAGACCAGUGCAUCUCUGAAAUUCACUGUGUUGAACCCAAAGGGCCGAAUUUGGACAAUGGUUGCUGGUGGAGGUGCUAGUGUCAUCUAUGCUGACACAGUUGGAGAUCUAGGCUUUGCAUCUGAGCUUGGAAACUAUGCCGAAUACAGCGGUGCACCCAAUGAAGAGGAGGUUUUGCAAUACGCCAGAGUUGUGAUUGAUUGUGCAACUGCAGAUCCCGAUGGCCAAAAAAGGGCUCUCGUUAUAGGAGGAGGCAUAGCUAACUUCACCGAUGUUGCUGCUACUUUUAGUGGCAUCAUUCGGGCACUAAAGGAGAAGGAAUCGAAGUUAAAGGCAGCAAGAAUGCACAUUUAUGUGAGGAGAGGAGGUCCAAACUACCAAAAGGGUCUAGCUAAAAUGCGAGCACUCGGAGAGGAAAUUGGAAUCCCUCUUGAGGUGUAUGGACCUGAAGCAACGAUGACUGGUAUAUGCAAAGAGGCGAUACAAUGCAUUACUGCUUCCGCUUAAGAAUCCAUUUUAGGUCAAUGCUUCGAAAGUAUUCGUGUCAUUUGCAGGUUUAAUUUGAAGUGAACGUUGGUUCGUAAUUUCCUUUCGCAUUCCUGGAAUUUGUAAAUUUAGUUACACCAUGUGUUUAUAAAAUCAAGUUAUCCAAAAAGAGUGGCCGAGAAUGUUGCAUCAUUUUUCUGUUGUAGAAUUUGAUGGUACUGUCUUGAUACAAUAAACUGUCUUGAUACAAUAAAGGUUUUUUUUCAGUGUU